GCAGUUAACUUGGGCACAAAGUAUCGAUGAGAUGAGCAGGCUGAAAGUGUCUUAGUGAGCAUACUACACAGUCUCUUUUCCGCGAAUAAAUAUCAUUGGCUGACUUUGACAAAAAUAUCUAGCCCCAGUUGGAGUCUUGUGUUAUCUAUUCAUAAUUUGGUCGGUGCCACCGCCUUCUCAUCCUUUAUAAACUCAUACCUUGCCUUCGUCUUCCUUUCAAGCAUUCUCAACCAUGAACUCGUCUCCGUCUUCUUCCCAGUUACCUUCAUCAAGCGCUGAUUUUGACAAGUUAAAUAGUUUGCCGCGCUUCCGCCCACUUGAAUGCUUGCAAGGGAACCCGGUUCCGGCGUUCCUGUCCAAGACUUUCGAACUCGUCGACGAUCCCUCGCUGGAUCCGAUCAUAUCCUGGGGCUCCACCGGUGUUAGCUUCGUGGUGUGGGAUCCUACCCUGUUUGCAAGACACGUCUUGCCGAGGAAUUUCAAGCAUAACAAUUUCUCCAGUUUUGUUCGCCAGUUAAAUACCUAUGGAUUCCGCAAGAUUGACACUGAAAAAUGGGAGUUUUUCAAUGAAGCUUUCCAGCGAGGAAAGAGACAUCUUCUGAAGAACAUCCGGAGGCGCGGGCCACCUCAGUCCCAUCAGGUUGGUGGCAAUAUUGUGCCUUAUUCCGAUGCAGAUAAGGCCGGGCUUGAAUUUGAGCUAGAAAGUCUAAGGAAAGAAAGGAGUGUGCUAAUGCAAGAGGUGGUUGAGUUGCAACAACAGCAGAGAACGACACUUCAACGUGCGAGACAGGUGAAUCAGAGGCUUCAAUCUGCAGAACUGAUACAGAAACAAAUGGUUUCUUUCUUGGCAAGGUUAUUUGAAAAGCCAGCAUUUUUAACCAGUCUCCAGCAUGCGAAGGAACAAAGAGAUUUAGGGUGUCCUAAAGUUAGAAGGAGAUUUAUCAAGCAGCACCAAGGCCAAACAGAAAUAUCAGAUUUUUUAAAUGAAGGGCAGAUUGUAAGAUACCAACCUGAUUGGAGAAAUGUAACCACCUCUUCUGAAAUACAAGAAAUGUAUCCAGUUUCACUUGAAGAGUCUCCAAAUUACCUUUCUCAGGCUUUGGCAAAAGAAUUUAGUGAAGGCACAGAGAAUCUGAUAUCAGAUGAAGUCAUGUCAAUUGCUGACACCAUGGGGUUUAAGUCAUCAAGCUUUGGACUUGAUGGUAACCUUUUCAAAGGGAAAAAUGUCAUGAGCUCAAACGAAGGUCUUCUUGCAGAGGAGUUUGUGUCUUUCCCAGAGGAUUUGACCAAGGAGACAGGAUUUCCAGAGUUUUCACCUCUUGGAACUGAAGGCAUCAUCAAGCGAGAAGAUAAACGGAACACCAACUUUGAUGUUAGUGGUGCUGAUUCAAGCUCUGGGAAUGAACAGUGGGGAAAUCCUAUCAAUUAUGAAGUGCCAGAAUUUGUAGUCACAAGUGGUAUGACAGACAUGUGGGAUAUUAACUAUUUAACUCACAGCAAGUGACAGAAAGUAUCCCAACUGAUGAUUCAACACUUGAUGAAAAAGAAAGAUAAUAUAAAUAAGAAUAUGGAUGCAUCGGGCUUCAUCUGCUUCUGCACAUAUUGUGCUGUGUUUAGUUCCCAGGGGUCCAAUUAUUAAAUAAAUUGAUUUGUAACUGGUGCUCAUUCACUAAUCACCAGGUUUCAUUCUUUUAGAUUAGUUGUGUAGUUGUUCAUGCUAGUAGUUAUGAACCAAAUUCUUAAUUUAAAUAUGUUAAGAUUUAAAGAAUUUGUGAAACUUUAUAUCA